AUGGCCCCGGAACCCCAGGAACCGUCAGACACCCGCCUCCCCGCUGACGGCUCGCCUUCUGCCUCUUCGCCUUCGGCCCUACCCCAUCGCCAACGAACCAAGGCCGACUUCAAUAAGUAUGCGCUCGAUCAGUAUGUCAAUCGGGACUUGCUCCAUACGGCGGCGAUCCUGUCCGACCUCGAAACCCGCAAACAGCAGUAUGCGCGCAUGAGAAACGAGGCAGAUGAUUACAGGAAGGUCCGCACGGAGUAUCGUCAAUGGUUCCCUCCCAGCCGUCUGUACGGCCAGGGCUACAGCGGAUAUGGGAAUGGACAUACAGAUGGCCAGACCAAGCUCAUCUACCCCAAUGCAAAGCCCCGGCUAGGUCACAGGAAGACGGCGAGGCUGCGCAUCAAGCGCAAGGAGCUCGCCCAGCAAUCCGAACAGGUGGAGGAGCUAGUGCCCGUCCGGCUGGACGUGGACUGGGACAAGAUCAAGAUGCGAGACACUUUUACAUGGAACCUUCACGAUCGCAUCGUCCCUCCCGAGCUGUUCGCCACCCAGUUGGUGGAAGAUUUAGGCUUGACGACUCCCGCCGCGAACGCAGUCCUAGAGCAAGUCCAGCAGCAACUCCGCGAUCAGCUGAACGAUUUCUAUCCCCAGGUCUAUAUAGAGGAGGAUGCCCUCGACCCGGAGUUGCCAUAUUCGGCCUACAAGAAUGAGGAAAUGCGGAUACUCAUCAAGUUGAACAUUACCAUAGGUCCCCACACGUUGGAGGAUAAGUUUGAAUGGGAGAUCAACAACCCUCUAAACUCGCCAGAAGAGUUUGCUCAGAGUAUGGCCCGGGAAUUGUCAUUGUCCGGGGAAUUUACCACUGCAAUUGCUCAUUGCAUUCGUGAGCAGAGCCAGCUGUUUACCAGAAGUUUAUUUAUAGUUGGGCAUCCAUUCGAUGGGCGACCUCUGGAGGAUGCGGACUUGAUAUCUGCAUUCUUACCAUCCCCAUUACCAGCAGUCCUCCGAACCCAACAACAAGCCCGGGAAUAUGCUCCAUACCUCUACGAGCUGAGUGAGGCUGAUUUGGAGCGCAGCGAAGUUAUAUAUUCGAGAGAGCAGAGAAGGCAAAAGCGGUCUGUAAAUAGACGAGGAGGGCCCACGCUACCUGACCUCAAGGAUAGGCAACGGACGGUGCGCACGCUUGUCGUGUCGUCGGUGCUCCCUGGAGCCGCCGAAAACAUAGAAGAAAGCCGGUUAUACAAGAGGGUCGGGGGACCAACCGCCAAGGGCAAACGAGCAGCCCAGGGCGGAGAUCUUUCUGAAUCCUCAGAUAGUGAAGACUCAUCGCCGGAAUCUCCUGCUAUGUCAAAUCUACAGUCUGGAACUGCGAGAACGAGGGGAAUACGCGGCGCCGCCACGGCAGCGCAACAAAGAAUGGCAAACCUCGGAAGGUCAGAAACACCAGAAGCUGCAGCGAUACUCCACCAUCAUGAAACGAGGACUUCUGCUAGGAGGCUCGGACGUGAUGCCCGCGAAGAGAGCUUAGACAUGUCGACAAUGAUCGUGAAACUGAAAAUUGGGAGAGAGCGAUUCCGAAAAUACCUUCGAGAUCAGAAAGCUGGAAAUCGCCCUCCGAACAUCCAGCAAACACCAUCAUUCAGUCGGUCACAAUCAGCAACUCUUGGUACUCCUGUUCCAGGUUCAAUGGGACCCCCAUCUACUCCCAGCACCUCGGCCCAACAGUUGCAGGCCUCAGCUACCCCACAACCCCAGGGUCAAAUUGGUCGUGUUGAUGCUCCUCCUCCACCUGCUCCUGGCCAGCCAGCUCAUGCUCCUCCACCACCACCGGAGUGGCUCACGGCCGGCCUCGCAGCCCUCCUCUCACAAUAUCCCACUGACCGGUUCGAAGGCGUCAUGCGGUAUUCCGCUGUGAACUCCGCCACCGAAACGCCCUGUCAAGCACCGCCAGCAGGGCAACCGACGCCAGAAGGAGUAAAAUGGAUGUACUUACCGCGCAUACGAUGUCAUGAUUGCCCAGGAAAGUUAUAUACCCCGGGUCCAGAGACUACAGUGGGCAAUUUUGAGAUCCACUUGAAGAAUAAGCAGCACAGAGAGCGAGUAAAUGCGAGGGCGGCUUCGGCCAGUUAA